AAUUCGCUUCACUCGUCUGACUCUGGAAACGUACCACUCAUCAACAUCAACCGGUCAAGGCGUGCCUGGGAGCAGUGCCAGAGCAGGCCCGGGUGGCAGCAUAUUCUAAGCUCGGCGCAGGCGUCAGCGACUCAGUUGCGCCGCAGCUCGCAGACAUGGAAUGACCUCUGCGCGAAACACUGCGACAAUCCAACCACGUCGUCGCCGCGCAGGCCAUGCCGGACACGCGCUCGCCACCAGAAGGCGAGGAGAAGGAUGGGCCAUCCUCCGACCUCGUGUCACCGCGCACCUCGCACCAUGCUUCGAGGUCUUCCACGCCCGGAACCUCACAUCUGGAUGGCUCUCCGCGCUAUCUCGACUUCAUGCCCAACCCGCCAAGCCCUGGCCCUCCAUCGCAACCCAACAUGGCCGACGAAGCGGCACCACCGUGGGAGCCCAACUCGCCGCCCACCACAUCCGGACAAAUAACCACCCAACAGGCGACUUCGCAACAGGCUCUGCCUUCCACAAUGCAUCGACCCCAGCUUCCGCGAGACACUGUAGUCAGGUCGACUGCUCCUUCGACGAAUGGCUUCGAAGAUGUGGCGUGCCUGUCCGAGAUCACUCACCUGCUGCGUCUGCAGAAAUAUCACAAACGCCGCUGCCUCCACGCCCAGGAGGAGCUGCACAGACUCCAGAUUGCAACUGCCAAAGCUGCCAGGCUCCGUCUAACCGCCCAUUCAGUGCAGCGAACACUCGCCGAGUGUAUCAGGGCCGAGGACAAAUCCAGCUUUGCGAAUUUAUUGCACGCCUUCCAGCAUGUUUGUGAGGAUGCGGCCAAAACUUCACAUCCACCCGUCCCAGGAGCGAACCAGAGUCCGGUGGCAGCCAAGCCAUUUGAGUCGUUCCUCAACGACAUCUCCAGCGCCUCUCGGAACGUAGUGCUUGACCUUUUAGCGAAGCUAAGAUAUGAUGGUCAUUUUCUAGCAGAACGCAUAUCGGCACUAACGCCGAAAGAGCUCAACGCGCUACUUCCUGAGCGCGUUGUUUCGAGAUCUAGCGACUCCGUCUUUGCAUCCUCAACCCGGACUUCGCGGAACUCCAGGCCACUAGGAUUCGCCGUGGACGCCCAGGUGGAUGUGCUCAACGCCUACGCAUAUGGAAGUCCGCUGGAGGCACUAAUUUUCGGCCCCGGAUUGCCACUGCUUGACGACCAGGCGGAUCGCAGACGGACAACAGAGGUAUGGGCCACAGUAUGCGCCAAGGUCAUUACAGAACAGAAACCCGGCAGUGAGAGACUUGUUCCAGCACUCUUGGAUAUCUGGUCCAACUUCGAGCCAUGGCUGGGAAAGGACCGGCUCGAGACGUGGAUGCUUCAGACUCUCCAGCGUGGUGCAUUUGUUUUGGAACAGCCGACUAAGCAGACCUUUCGCGCCCGCGUUGAAGGCCGGCCAGAUGUCUCUGCCCAAGACGAGGCUCGCAUUGAAGCUUUUUACGCCGAGGCCACGGAUUCCCUCCUUGCGCUCUUUGGUGACCAGCACUCGCCGAGUGUGAUUCCGCCAGGUGCUCUUUCUUUCUGCCAAGCUGUCUCCCAGAAACUUCGAGACUCCCCACAGCAGCGUGGUUUUCCAUCGUUUAUCCUGACUAGAUGGCUCUUCAACUCAUUCAUCAUGGACGUAAUCAAUCUGCCAGAGGCUCAUAUGAUGACGACCGAUCAUUACACAUCUGAUCUAUCUCGCCAACGCAUACUUCGAGAAAUCGCUGUUAGAGCACAGAAAGCAGUCUUUGAUGUUGCAUACUACUUCAAGCAUGGCAAUCCGAUCAUGCCGGAGACCGCAAACCGCGUCAACUCUAUUAUGGCCCGGAUCUCUGGUCCACCGUCUCGUCCUUCUAUCCGCAAGGCUCAGCCAGUUCCUGAACCGUCACCAUUUCUUGUUCUAUCGCUACGAGAUGUCACAACCAUUCUCUCGGCCCUAUAUCCGCGGCGGAGACCAAUCUCCAUUUCCUCCGAUAGCGACAUUUCCAAGUCUGGCCUGCAGUCUUCAGCAUCUUCAGUGUCUGGUUUCUCAUUGUUCCGUAACACGAGGACACCUGACCAAUAUACCGCUGAUCCCUUCAAUCCAUUCCUAAAGUACGGCGAGACCGCGAAUGCGAAUGUCAGUGACGUUUCAUUGGUAGACGAUGAUCCAAACGAGAUUCAGGUGAAAGAUGCCUGCAUCGAGCUCGAAGAUCUGGCCACUCGCAGGACCGGGGCCAUUAAGGAAUCUUGGGACGUCGUGGCUGUCGAGACCAGAUCCCAGUCACUGUGCAGCAUGCGUGAGAAGUGCUCCGAGAUCCGGCUUGCACAGCGCAAUUACUUCCUGUCGACAAACCAAUCCGUGACGCUUCUUGAUUCUCUUGGCGAUCAACAUCGAGAAGUCGCUCAUCAGCUGAAGCCAUUGCUGCACUUGUACGGCCACCUUGAUUCCUCCGAGCCACUGGAGAAUGGUGCAACGUAUUCCUCGCAAACAUGGACAAAGCUUGAGCGUCUGUUUGAAAACGCAGUACGGGAUUGUCAGACCGCCGGAGACUACGCGGAAGCACAGCGAUGGUUUCAACGCUUGCACGACGUGCAUGCCGCUAUUCUCGCUGGCGACAGUGCGGUCGUGCUACAACGCAUCUUACACGCCCUGCAGGGCAGCGCGCAACGCUCGAUCAGCGAAUGGGCUGAACUUGAGACGGUUUGCGAACGCUGGGUGGCCACCCUACAGCCAGGCUCGUCCAUGCACAGCAUGUAUCUGAAGCCAAUCAUUCAACAGAAUGAGGCACUGCGCGACAAGAUGUGGUACGUCGCGGAUGUUCGCACUUCGGCUGCCUACGAAGAAGCCCGUCUUGUAGCGAGUGCCUUGCGAAUAAUGGGAAAGCCUAGCAAGACGCCCAAGACGAAGACGUCCCAGCCUUUGCGACACUGGCCGACGUCCAGAUACUCCAUCGGCAGUCUGCACAUCAAGUCGGAAGCUCAGAUCUUGGACAUCCUAUCCGCUCGAUCGGAAUACUGCGGGCCUAACAAGCUGAGUGACGACCAGGCACGGGCCACCUUGCAGUGGAUGCAGCGCGAGAAUAUCGACAACCUUUGCCGCGGUGAAGAGCGUUUGCAUAAGCUAUUUCUCGAGAUCCGCAAGUGUGUUGACCUUGUAAGCAACAACUCGCCCUCCGACAACUCCCUACUGUGGUCAAACACGUUGUUCGCUCGCGACACCUCACUGCGAACGCGAGAUUCGCCCCCAAGAAGAUCGCACUUCCUGCCAAACUUGUACGGGAACACUCUCUCCUCGGACUAUCUCUCGUUGAGUUCACAGCUUCGAAGCAAUGAUUGCCUUUCGAACACGUCCCACACGUUGUCGAACUCCAGCUCGCGUGACUACUUGGAUGCCCGAAGUCCGACUCUGACGAAUCGGUCGUCUGUGCCAUUCUGGUCUCCGGCCAUGUCAGAAGUUGAUUCGCCAUCUAGUGCCACUAGUGUCGCAUCUUCUCAGACGCAGUGGGCUCCCGAUGUCGCUCCAACUCCUGAGCCUAGCAACAGCCUGUCCGCCGAUUCGCAGGCUCUCGAGAAGCUUCGACAACGUGUGACUGGUCUCAUGCUUAGCGACUUGACCUCGACACUGUUCAAUGAUGGCAGUGAGACUGAUCACGCGUUUUGGACUGGAUUGGGCCUCGAGCUUGCUGAGAGAUAUUUCCGGAGCAUCCAAACCUGGCACUCAAGUGCAGGCUCGCAGACACCGACAGCAGACUCGGAAAUUCCAGCAAAGCCGACUAUGAUGCGCUUCGAUUUCGACAAUGCUUUCGAGAAUUUGAUGCUGAAGUUUGUCGCCAGUAGUAACCCUACGACAAAGCUGAAAUGCCUCUACGAUAUCGAUCGCCUACUGGGCCCUUACAUGAAGGAACAGCGCAGCAACAUGUCACCUGCGGCGUCGUUCGUGAAGGGCGUACAAGACCUGAAGCUGCACACGGGCGCCGACGAUAUGAUUGAGACGAGUAUCGCCGGCUUCCGUGAUCUAUUCGCCAAGAGCUCUUUGCGUCCCAAGACCAUCUUCAGGGACAUGCAAAGCAUAGCUUCGUUACUGCCUGCUGCCGUUCUGCACAACACGCCAGAAGGCAAGGCUUUCGCGAACGCUGCCGUUGCUAUCACGCGUCUCAAGACCGAGGUGCGAACGAUCAUGGUCGAGACAGCAGACAGCAUCAUUGCCUACCACUCCAACAAUCGUGGUCACGGACGCAGCUCCUCCAUCGCACAGCAAGAGCGCGACUCCGCUACGUUCGCGGCACCGAGCCCACCGGCCGAAGACGUCGCUCGCUAUACUAUGGCAGAUGCCGCACACCUCUUGCAAAUCACAGCCAAAGAAGGCCACAUCGUCGCACAGCGUGAACUGGGAACACUAUACCUCACUCACCCUGAACUCAUGGACCGUAUCAUCGCACCAUUUACGCGCCCAAAAGAUGUCUUCAAAGAAGAACUCGAAGCCCGAUGGAAAAAGAACCAAGACCCUCAUCGUCUGGACCCACUUAUUAUGUGUGUUGCUCAUCAUUGGAUGACGCUGUCUAGCAAGGCGAAUGAUUCGCUUGCGAAGGAGACUUUGAAACAGUUGGAGGAUAUGUGAAGAACUUUUUGUUUUUGAAGAAUUUGUGGGUAUGGUUUAUGGGCGUAAUUUGUCAUAAGGAUCUGUUUUUUGAUCAUUGUUGUUGCGUUAGAGCGUGGUGUUGGUGGGCGGAGGGUUUUGCAGGUUUUCUAUUAACAUUUUUAUGUACAGGUAGAUGAUACCCAAGCACGAUGGCCUAUUGAAGGACCACGUGAGUUUGAUAUGAGAGGAUUAGUUGAUUGAGGUGAAUUGGGAAUAGAAUGG